GCAGGAGUUCCAUUCCUUCACUAAGCGAGUAUUUAGUUGCACAUUCAACGACGCGUGUAUCGAUAUGCUACAAAUUUUGAUCUGACUAUACCUAGGCGAGAGAGGCCGAUAGUAGACAUCGGCUCUAUGCGUCUCCGUUAGGAGAUACCAGUAAAAAUGCGACGAAUGAGUGUGACGUCGGAGGGCUUCUUCGGGGGAAAACCUCCGAAAGCCUCUUACAGCCAAACGAGACAGCAAUCUACGGUAAGCCUCCCGAAGUUGCCAGUAGAAUCGAAGACACGCGGCGGUCAAGGAAAUGUUAAGGCAACUCACUAGUCGAUUGUCUAUCACCAGCGUUCUAGACUUUAGGUGGUAGAAGUUUUCUUCAUGCUUCUAGAAAACUAUCUUUACACCUGACACUGUUGAUGACAAGUGUUUACCUCUAAUGCGAGGCGCGGUUGGCGGAACAGUAGUGGUUUGCCGCUGCCCAAGCAGACGCGCAAUCUGAUGGGUCGUGAGAUGGACUUCUUAGGUGGAAACAACGAGGACAGUGAAGGUAGUCACUUGGAGACACUGUACAACCAGCAGCAACAAGCGCGCGAACGCAUGAGCCAGCUGCAGCCACCCUUCGAAACGGAUCAGGCCACGGCUGAGGCGGAGCAGGGUAGUGCUAAUUCUGCCCCACCUCUAGUUGGAUCUACUGUUGGCGUGUCCGGACCGAAUGUUUCGCAGAGUGCUGGGGGAAACAUCCCCAACAACUCCAAUAGCGCAACGGGAAACAGUGUCUCGUCGACCGGAGCGCAACAGGCGGGACCUCAGGCGGGGUGGAACAACACGGCUCUGCAACUGCCGCCAGCAGGGCAAUUGAGCAGCAAGCCAGCGGCGCGUGACAAAGGCCUAGCAACGACAUUCACAGCCGGCUUUGGGCUGUCGCAUCGCCACGAAAGCAUGUCAGUAGAGGACGUCCACGAACAAUCCUUCGACCAAGAAGGAGACGUGACUGCUCUACGCAAUGAUAAUCAGCGACUAAAACAAGAGCUAGAACAACUGCAAAUCGGAUUACUCCAGUCUCUGAAGCGACAAGACCGGUUCAUAUCUGGUGGGCAAUUCAAAGGACCUCUGCAGAAAAAUCGAGAUGGUAGUGAUUUUUUUAGUUUUGUUUGAAGAUAAUCUAUGAGUUAGGUCUUCAACAUUGACAAGGAUUGUUCUUUUGGUUGUGUCAGAUUCCACAACGACCUCAAUAUGCAGUCGCAGAAGUACCAAAGAGGACUCUAUUCAGUUCGACCAGCAGUCUACGUGAAAUUAGUGCUCACUAAAUUCUUUUUCAAGGAAUAAAAAGUUCACAAAAUUUUUUUUCUCAGAUAAAAACAAGCUUUCGAGCACUCACCAAGGGUCUUUCCUUGGGGACAAGGAGGCGCCACAGCAAUCGAGACCUGUUCGAUCCUCAAAUUUUCAUGUUGCAGAGCUGAAAAGGUACUAUUUUUCAAGUGGUCUAUUCAUAUUUGGGCAAGGUAGGUGUCUAUUACACGUAAUUAUUCAGUGGAGGCCUCCACGGCCCGGAUUUAUUCCAUGCACAGUCUCUCUGUAAAAACAGGUAUAAAGCGAAGACGCAGGAGCUGACUCGCGAAUUAGGCGAAGUGCGAAAAGAACAACUGGAACUAGGCGACGCGAAAGGACGAGUGCGUGCAUUGGAGGAGGAGGGUCGCAUUUUGAAGGACCAGAUCCGACAAUUGAAGGAAGAUCAGGCUCUAGCCUUGGAGGGCAUACUCAACGAGCACGAACAUGAAAUGAACCGCCUGAGAGAACAGGUACGGGAAGACAAGGAGCUGGGUCCGGUGUAUCAAGAAAUGGCACAAGUAGUGGCAGCGCGUGACGGCCUCGCCUCCGAGCUCGAAACAAGUCGUCGCGAAGCGGCUUCCUUGCGGGACACGUUCAAUUAUGACAUUUGACACGUCGAUAAAAAAAGUAGUAUCUAUCAGCAACCAGAAUGGUGAACUGGUACAACAUUGGUGCUAUCAGAAGAAUGAUCGGUCCAUAACUUGUUGUAAUCAGGCUUUUGCUAGUAGAUGGUGUAAUAUGUAUGCACUCACCACGACACCCUCGUCUUCUAAUUUAGAGUAGCAGAGCAGAAAGCCGUCAGCCGAGUUCACGACUUGGAGAGUGCACUCAACCAAGCUCAAAACGAGAAGGCAGAAUUGGAGCAUUCGCUCGACAGAUGGAAGAAAAAGCUGUCAGAGGCAACGCGCCGACUUCGGGACCUCGAACAAUUAUGACUUGGCUGGAUCUGAUCCUCAUUCUCAUCGCAAAAAAUGCGUCCGUUUUGCGCAUGGUAGAUCAUUACUUAGCAUUGUUGUGAUUGGAACUGCGUCGACGAGGAAUCUGUAUGUUUCAUCCCUGAGCAUUGGAUCGUCUAAUGCAAGAAAGCGAGCGUGAGUUGGAGCACCGCGAUAAGCAGCACGCUAAGGGACUUUCGCAAGUCCAGGCGGACCACGAUAUUGCGACGCGGACACUCCAAGCUGAGAUCGCGGAAUUGAAAGAACUAAUAGCAAAGUUGAAGGAGCAACUAAAUCGCGCUCAGCAGGACGAAAAGCAUCACGCGGAAGCGGUGGGGCAGGCAAAAGAGGAGUGGGAAACAGAGAGGAUAGGUACUUCUUUACAAGGUUUAGAAUGACGUGAUGACUUUCAGAGCCUCAUAGUCUCGUGGAACUAUGAUUGAUACCUAUUUAGUUUGUAGAAGUAAGUAGUCGUUGUAGAAGAAUGAAAACCACUUCCACAAUUGUUCAUGCUCCACAAAACGAUCUUGACGGGCGACAUUUUUUUCCAAAGAAUAACAACAGCCCUAGAGCAGCAAUGGAAAUUGGAUCUGCAGACGGCAGAGUCAAAACAUCUAGAGGAGAUUGGCGCAAAAGAAAAGGAAUUCACCAAAACUCUUGAAGAGAAGGAAAUUGCUGCGCAGGACACGGAAAAAGCACUGCAGCAGCGAGUUAAGACACUGCAAACGGAAAACCAAGAGCGGGUCAAGAAACUAUUUGGUAAAUCGGAAUACGUUGUUCAUGGAAUUCUUGUUCACACUCUGUCAGCACUCGUAAUAUUUCUAGCUAGUAGUGCUUCCUUCCAUCGAGACACCAUUCGCAGACUGCUCCAAUCCCUCCAAAAUAUUAUCAGAUAUGGCGCUUUCGCACUUUCUGCAGUCGGCACAGCAAAAGAACAAAGGCGUGGAAGCGAAAGUGGUAUUUGCAGUGUGGCGAUCGGUAACUCGCGAGAGUGCUGCAAGCAAAAGGGAGUCCGAACGCGAACGGCAAGGCAAAGACCAGCUCGAAGCUGUCCGAAAACAGGCUGAGAGAGAACAACAACAACUACGACUCGCAGUAGAAGAGGAGAAAAAGCACCGAGAUAAGAUUGACAAAAUGAAGGACGAAGAGGUAAGAUUUUAUGAUGCUGUUUUUUUGUUGGCGUAGCAGACUUUGCAUAAGUAGUUGCAGCAGUAAGUCAUAAGAAGCAUCGAGGUCUUAGCUUCCUUUCUUUGAAACAGGCACCUCGACGUGAGUCAACAUCACUUUGUGGUUGUUCCUAAUGUCACCAGCAUUGAAGAACGCACAAUCCUCAAUAUCCUAUGCCCCCAGCGCAAAAAGCAACUAGCAGAAAAGCUCUCGGAGACGGCCAGGAACGAGCGAAGCAAGGUAGCGAAAGAGCAUGAAUCACAUGCGAAGGAGCAAGAGCGAGUCCAAGCCAGUUUGAAAGAGCGCAAUGGGGAACUCGAGAAUAUCAUCAGAGACAUGCAAACACGUAUGGAAUUGAUGGAAAAGAACGCUCUCCAAAGAAAGCUCCAGCAAAGCAUGAAAUUGCAGGUAAGAAGAUUCUAGAGAUGAUCUUGUUUCCGGCUGCUUUGGCGAAUGUCGUGAAAGUCAACGGUAUAGAUACUUGUCGGAAUGACAGUCACUGGAUAUAAUUUUUUGUGAUAGGAAUCCAGCUUCACGAGGGAGCUGAAAAAAUUUCCCAUUCACAGGUAUUAGCUCCGCGAGUGUCUGUGACUAUCAACGGAGACACAGUGAACAUGUUAGACGUAGAGGCGGCGCCAAGCAGCGAAGAAUUACGAGGCAUCAUGCAUCGGGAAGUGCUUCCGCGGUUCGCCAAGAUUCUGCUCUCAGAGGAUUUUGAUGAAGUUAUGGUUAUGGUUUUCACACGUAGCUGAAUCAAUUGACAUUCGUGUAGUCAUGGUCUUUAUAUUUGAACUUCAUUGAAAAAUAAAUGAUCGACUUAUGGGCCACAACAGACUUCUAACACGAGCAACACGCAAGAGCGGGUGCAGGCAGUGAUGUCGGACAUGGUUCGUGUCAUUGAGAACAAGCUGCAGGGCAUCUUCGGCGCAAACUGUCUUCGUACAACCAGUUCGAUGGGUUAA